AUGGCGCAAUGUGUUUUCAAUGCACGAACAAGUCGUUAUUUACCAAAGGAUCUUGGAUCUGUAAUAGCAAAUUUUGAAACAGAUUCAUUCCAUUAUGAUCAUACAACUAAUACACUUAAUUGUAAAUUAUUCACAAAAAAUCCAUAUCGUUCAUAUUUUAAACAAGUUUAUCCAAGAAUAAUCAAUGAACAUGAAUUAACAGAUGAUAUGUUAAAUGUUUUAAAAACAUAUACAGAUAACCGUUCAAAUGAAUGUUAUAUGAAAACAAAUUUAAAUCUAUUAAGUGCUAAUUUACAAGAUAUUGAUUGGACAUAUGUUAAUAAAUUACGUUCGCUAAUACGUGGUUUAGUUCAAUCAAAUAUUAAACAUAUUUAUUAUCGUGGAUUACAUCUUAGUGACCAAGAAAUUCAAUAUUAUAUGGACAAACGAAAUGAAUAUUAUUAUACAAAUUCAUUUCAAUCAUUUACAAUAGAUCGUUUACUUGUUUAUUCGGGUAAUGCUACAUUAAUUUUAAGAACAGAUACAUGUAGUGAGAAAGCAAAAGUUAAUCUAGCAAAUAUAUGGAAAUGGAGUACAUUUGUUGAAGAAAAAGAAGCAUUGUUAGCUGUUGGAACAAAAUUAAAAAUUUUAACUGUAAAUUAUUUUGGUUAUAAAUGGGAAAUUGAAGUUGAAUUAGCUGAAGAUGAUUUUGAAUCUGAUCUUGAAGAAAAACAACUGACGAAUGGGACUAAUUGA